AUGGUAGAACAAAACACUCCGUUGCACAUUCAGACUGUGGGCAAUUUUCCUAUAGUUCACAACCUUUCUAUAUCACCUGCUUUUGGCGUUUUUACAGCCCACAUCCAAGACGAAAGUACGACAAAAGGUGAUACCGCUGCUUUUCGUCUCAAGACAGGAGAAUUAGUUACAUUAAAAAAAUCGAUGUGCAUCCUUUGUGAUGUCAUCAAAUGGAGUUACCCCAGUCAAAGUACUUCAAAAUCGGAUGGUAAUAAGCAACUAUCCAACGAUAAAAAACGAAGAAAUGAGGAAUUGGAGAAACUGGUGGAAAAAUUCGACCAAUCUCUUGGUAAAAGUUCAAAUUAUAAAGGAAAAAAUAAAGCUAAUGAAGAAGCUCAACAAGAACAAGAUAGAGCAAAAAGAUUAAAAACUGCUGUAAACGAAGUUAGAGGUAAAAAAAAAAAAAAAAAUUCGUGA